AUGUCGUCAUUAGAUUUAAAGUGGAAAGUGUUAUUUAGCGUUUCAUUAAUUGUCAAUUUUACAUGUAUUGUUUUGGUAAUACUUCAGAGUGAGACGACGCGCUUAAGCUGGACAAGAAAAACAGCUAUAGAAGCAGAGAAAGUUGCGUCUAUCAGUUGUUCAGGACAUGGAAGAGCUUAUUUAGACGGCUUAGUACUCAGAGAAGACGGAAAACCGAUUUGUGAGUGCAAUGCAUGCUUUACUGGCCCUGAUUGCUCUCUCUUUAAACCCAAUUGCGCGGUUGAUGUAGACAGUGGAAACCCUAUGUUUUUAGAGCCAUUUUGGAAGCAAAAUGCAGGGAGUAGUGGUGUAAUGGUAGCUGGAUGGCAUAGAAUGGGCUAUGAAUUUGAGGAUGGUUCGCUCAUUUCUAAGCAAUUGGAGAGUGUAAUACACAAGUUACAUGAAACUGUAGGAAAUGCAAACACAUCAAACAAGUACAUAGUAUUCGGCGUUGGCUCAACUCAACUUCUUAAUGCCGCGGUGUAUGCUCUUUCCCAUCACAACUCCAAUUCAUCGCCUACCAAAGUUGUUGCUUCUGCCCCUUACUAUCCUGUUUACAAAUCACAAACAGAGCUAUUGGAUUCGAAAAAGUAUAAGUUUAGUGGAGAUACAUCGUCUUGGAAAAACGAAACAAGGAGUAGUAGAACAAAUUUCAUUGAGUUUGUGACAUGUCCAAACAAUCCAGAUGGGCACUUAAACAAGGCAGUCCUUCAAGGAAAAUUUGCAAGACAUGUAUACGAUUUAGCUUACUAUUGGCCACAUUACACCGCGAUUCCAAGCCCUAUGGAUGAAGAUCUCAUGUUAUUUACACUUUCAAAGCUCACUGGUCAUGCUGGUAGCAGAUUUGGAUGGGCUAUAGUCAAAGACAAAGAUGUAUACGAAAGAAUGGUGGAAUACAUAGAUUUAAACACUUAUGGUAUUCCACGUGAAACUCAAUUGAGAGCUUUAAAACUCUUAAACGUUGUGUUACAAGGAGAUAGAAGACAAAUAUUUCGAUUUGCACAUACAAUUAUGAAGACUAGAUGGGAAAAGCUCGCGGAGAUCUUGUCUACUUCAAAACGAUUCUCAAUGGAACAACUUCCCUCCCAACAUUGUGCAUUUUCGAAACAAGUUAGGCCAACUUCUCCAGCUUUUGCGUGGUUAAAAUGUGAAGCGGAAGAAGAUGAAGAGUGUCACAACGUGCUGAGGGAAGCUAAUAUUAUUGGUCGAAAAGGCGCUGUAUUUGGAGUUGAAAAUCGUUAUGUUCGUCUUAGUGUUGUGAAUAGCAGAGAUGAUUUCGAUUUAUUGCUGCAACGACUACAAGAUUUAGUGGCUAAACAUUGAUCUAUCGUCGAUGCUGUCAUGUCACUGUGAUCGUUCGUUUUAUUUCUUAGGAGAGGAACACUAUAUAUACACACA